AGCCAAUCAGAACUGUGCUGACUAAAGGAGUUGCUGGAAUUGGAAAAACAGUCUCAGUGCAAAAGUUCAUUCUGGACUGGGCUGAAGGAGAAGUAAAUCAGGAUGUUCUCUUUAUAUUUCCACUUCCUUUUAGAGAGCUGAAUCUGAUGAAGGAGAAGAAGCUCAGUCUGUUGAAUCUUCUUCAGAGCUUCUUCACAGAAACACAAGAUUUAAAACCAAGACAUUAUAAGAGCUACAAGAUCAUGUUCAUCUUUGAUGGUCUGGAUGAGUGUCGCCUGCCUCUGGAUUUCAAGAACAAUGAGAACUUGGAGGAUAUAGAAGAGCAAACCUCAGUGGAUGUUCUGCUGACGAAUCUCAUCAAGGGGAAUCUGCUUCCCUCUGCUCUCCUCUGGAUCACCUCUCGACCAGCGGCGGUCAGUCAGAUCCCUCCUGAGUGUGUUGAUCAGGUAACAGAAGUGCGGGGUUUCAGUGACCCUCAGAAACAGGAGUACUUCAGUAAGAGGAUCAGAGAUCAGGAACUGGCCCACAAAGUCUUCACACACAUCAGGUCUUCAAGAAGCCUCUACAUCAUGUGCCACAUACCAGUCUUCUGCUGGAUUACAGCCACUGUUCUAGAGAGAAUGCUGAGUGAAGCUGAGAGUGGAGAAAUCCCCAAAACCCUGACGCAGAUGUUCACACAUUUCCUGAUCUUUCAGAUCAAACACAAGAGCCAGAAGUACAGUGGGAAAAGUGACCCUGAUCCACAGCAGACUAGAGAAAGUAUUCUGGCUCUGGGAAAACUGGCGUUCCAGCAGCUGGAGAAAGGAAACCUGAUCUUCUAUGAGGAAGAUCUAAGAGAGAGUGGCAUUGAUAUUAGAGAAGUAUCAGUGUACUCAGGAGUGUGUACUCAGAUCUUCAGGGAGGAACAUGAGCUGUACCUGGGGAAGGUCUUCAGCUUUGUACAUCUGAGCGUUCAGGAGUUCCUCGCUGCUUUAUAUGCGUUUCUCUGCUUCCUCGACAAAAAGGUUCUGAAUCAGCAAAACACUGAACAGCAAACCAGUUAUCUUUCCCAGCUUUUCAGCAGAUUAUCACAGUCUGACUUCCUCAACAGAAAGACUCUGAAACAGCAAAACACUGAACAGCAAACUGUUGAACAGCAAAACACUGAACUUUUUGAACUCUUUAGCAAGUCAACGAUGACUGGCUUCCUUAGCAGUGCUGUAGACCGAGCCUUACAAAGUGAGAGUGGACACCUGGACCUGUUCCUUCGUUUCCUUCUGGGUCUCUCACUGGAGUCUAAUCAGACUCUAUUACGAGACUUACUAACCCCAGCAGAGAGGAUCUCUCACAGCAACAAGGAAACAAUCAAAUACAUCAAGAAGAAGAUUGAGGAGAGCUCCUCUUCAGAGAAAUCUAUUAAUCUGUUCCACUGUUUGAAUGAACUGAAUGAUUAUUCUCUAGUGCAGGAAGUUCAGAAAUACCUGAGUGGAGGUGCUGACCGUCGUCUUCAUCAGGCCAAUCUCUCUCCUGCUCAGUGGUCAGCUUUGGCUUUUGUGUUGGUGAACUCAGAAGAAGAGCUGGAUGAGUUUGACCUCAGUAAAUAUCACCCAUCAGAGGAGUGUCUUCUGAAGCUGCUGCCAGUAGUCAAAAUAUCCAGAAGAGCUCUACUAGCUUCAUGCAAUCUUGGAGUAAAGACGUGUGAAAAUCUGGGAACAAUUUUAAACCUGGAAAACUCCUCCCUGAAAGAGAUAGACUUCAGUAACAAUGACCUGCAGGAUUCAGGAGUGGAGCUGCUCUCUUCUGGACUAAAGAGUUCACAUUGUAAACUGCAGAUUCUCAGAUUAUCUGGUUGUAUGAUCAGAGAGAAAGGUUGUUCUUCUCUGGCUUCAGCUCUGAUUUUAAACCCCUCCCACCUGAAAGAGCUGGAUCUGACCUACAAUCACCCAGGAAAGUCAGGAGUGAAGCUGCUUUCUGCCAGACUAGAGGAUCCACACUGCAAACUGCAGACACUCAGGUAGGUCUGAAUUGAUCAU